ACGGAGGGAAAUUGAGUUUUCACUGGUGAAGUGCUUCUUCAGUUCCAGACGUUCCGGCUUAUUCUGCAAGAAACCUCAGUCUUCUGCCUUCUCUGCGAUUCUCUCCUACUCCUUCGAUUUCUCGGCGAUUUCAAUCUCUCAAUAUGGUGCUCGAGGCGACGAUGAUCUGUAUGGACAAUUCGGAAUGGAUGAGGAACGGCGAUUAUGCUCCUUCGCGAUUUCAAGCUCAAUCGGAUGCCAUUAGUCUCAUUUGCGGAGCGAAGACUCAGUCUAACCCAGAGAAUACAGUGGGAGUUCUUACAAUGGCUGGAAAAGGGGUUCGGGUUUUGGUAACUCCUACAAGUGAUCUUGGCAAGAUUCUAGGGUGCAUGCACGGUUUAGAGAUAGGUGGGGAGACAAACUUGGCUGCUGGGAUUCAGGUGGCUCAGUUGGCUCUCAAGCAUCGUCAGAAUAAGAAGCAGCAACAAAGAAUUAUUGUUUUUGCUGGAAGUCCUGCCAAACAUGAAAAAAAGUUGUUGGAGAUGAUUGGAAAGAAAUUAAAGAAGAACAACGUGGCACUUGAUAUCAUUGAUUUUGGUGAAGAAGAUGAUUGUAAGCCAGAGAAGCUGGAAGCCCUUCUUUCAGCUGUAAAUAGUAAUGAUUCCAGUCACAUUGUUCACGUUCCCUCUGGUCCAAAUGCUCUUUCCGAUGUACUUAUUAGUACACCAAUCUUCACCAGCGAUGGGGAGGGAGGAAGUGAAUUUGCAGCAGCUUCAGCUGGUGGGGCCGGUUUUGAUUUUGGUGUGGAUCCCAACCUAGACCCUGAACUAGCACUUGCACUUCGAGUCUCAAUGGAAGAGGAAAGGGCCAGACAGGAGGUAGCUGCUAAGAGAUCUGCUGAGGAGACUUCAAAGCAGGAAAAAGGAGGGGAACAACCAUCUGGCGCACAGGAUACAACUAUGAACGAACGUGCUAGUGCUGAAUGUUCUGAUGCUCAAAAGACAAGUGAUCCAAUGGAAGAUGAGAAUGCUCUGUUACAACAAGCCCUUGCAAUGUCGAUGGAAGAUCCUGUCUCGAGUCAUGAGAUGCAGGAUACUGAAAUGUCAGAUGCAGCAAUAGAUGAUCCAGAGUUAGCUCUGGCCCUCAAGUUGUCUGUGCAGGAGGAUGCUAAAGACUCAACAAGCCAACCUGAUAUGAGUAAAUUACUGGCAGACCAGUCAUUCGUAUCCUCCAUUCUUGCAUCGCUUCCAGGGGUUGAUCCAAAUGAUCCCUCGGUCAAAGAUUUACUAGCUUCCAUGCAAAGUCAGUCAAAGCCAGAGGACAAGAAGAAUGAAGAAAACCCCCCCAAGGAAGACGAGGAAAAAUGAUCCAUCCAUCCAUCCAUCCAUCUUCCGAAGCUGAAUAUUGUGCUAGGUAUUUCUCCUCAUACAAGUGUUGCAUUGUGUUCGUUCAUCACUUUUUUUAGCUUUUGGUUGGGCUGAAAACAAGAAUGCAUCACUUGAUGAAACUUCAUUUUGAUCAAAAAACUUGUUCAGAAUUGUUGAUCAGGUCCCUAACCUUUACUUUUGAUUUGUUAAUGUAUGAUUAUAAAUUUGUCAAUUUUAUUAGUAUGAUUAUGCACUUGUUCAA